GUGACAUAUCGAAAUGGAGGCUUGCUACUUUCACUUUGUACAAGAUGGCGUUCACAAGGAAUAUACGAAUUUCAUGAAUAUAUAUUUUACACUGUAAAACUAAUAUGUGACAGUUAGAAAGUGAUGGUUUUGCUAAAUGAGUGACGAUUUAUUUACCAGCAACGCAAUGUCAGAUCCUAAUCAAGAUCCAACUGAGAGAUUCCUGCAAAAGACAAUUAAAUUAAAAAAAAGAAGUCUUAAGCCAUAUGAAAAAAUAUGUGUUAAGAAGAAUGAAUUUCGCUAUGAUGUUCCCAUUCAGCCUUCAAUUCCUCCAGGACAGCCUACUGUGUGCUAUAACAGGAUCAAUACCAUACAGACAGACCACCAAGGACAACCCACACUGAAUGUAAGUUCAGAGUUGGCAGAACCUGCAAGAGAGACUUUAUCAAGCAGACAAGAUGUUGGCAAUAACUAUGAAACAUCUGAACCAGGGUUUUCUGAAGGAAAUAAGAAUGGUACCUUCCUUAGUCCAGUUGAAUUAUACGUGCAGUCCUUAAAAUUGGAUAAGGGGAUUUCCAUAUUUCCAGGUGUAAAUGGACCAGGAAAUGUACUAGUUGCAAAAGACUUUUCAGUUGAAAAGCAAAAACUACAGAAGGAUAAGUGGAUACUAAUUGAGAGGAAACCUGUAUCUUUUGAAAAUGACCAGUUUUGUUGGGUUCACUGGUGUAGCUGUAAUGCUGUGACAUCAAGACAAGUGUCCCUCUUAGAUUCUUAUAUUAACACUUCUGAAGAAGAUUUUUUGGAACAGUAUCCUGAUUGUUUACACCUAAGAGCUUCCCGAAAACUGUUUGAAAAAUAUGACCUUGAUAAUUCUAUUGUGCCUACACCUGAUAUGAACUGCAGAUCUGAACAAGAACAAGAUCAUGACACCUAUCAGACAAGGAAUAUGAUUUAUGAAAUCACGGACACCAACAUUUUGUGCUGUUAUUCUGAAGAGUUGAAGCGAUUUGGGUUAGUGGAGUGGAAGAACCAUAGAUUCAGCUGUUUGACAUGCAAAAAAAUAAAUUGCCAACAUUCAAAUUUAAUAACUCGUCUGAAGCAAUCUGGAAAUUUUGAAGAUAACAUAAAUAUAAGAAACUUUAUAGAAGAUCUUACUGAAGAACAUGAGCAGAGCAAAGGCUACAAGCCGAAAUUGUUGUCUUACAAACGCAUUCCAUACAAUUUAAAUGAUGAAUUGGCAGAGGCACUUCAUCGAUUGAAGAAUAUAAAAAGUAAUGUAUCCGAACUUAUUCCUGAAGAGGCUAUGUGCAGGCAUUGUGGCAAUGAACUCAACAGUGCUGAUCCCAUUGAAAAUGGUUGGGUUGCAUACGAAAGUGUGCCAAUUAUAACCAAUACAGACAUUAGUUAUGCUAAAGCUUACUAUCGACCCUGUACAUUUUGUGACAGCAUCUCAUUUUUUGAGGGACAAUCAAUCUGCUUAUUGAAUUGUGGUAGAUAUUUAGUAGGAUAUGAUGUUCUCCUGAGGUACAUGCAUGGUUUUUUACAUGGAAGGAGUCCUUUACAUACAUUUUAUGAAAGAUUCUGUGAUCUUCAUAUUAAUUACCGAAAUUCAGCAAUUAGAGAUGUGUUUUCAUACCAACAUCUGCGGCAUGCAUGGUUGCAUUUCCUGAGUCUCCUUGAUAUAGAUUUUACAGAAGGUUUUUCGUGCCCAGACUGUGGAGGUGAUGAUGGGGCAGCCCCAUCAAUGCUCAUUUGUGAUGGAACAUCGCUGUCUUUUCAGAGACGAAUGUGGCAGUGGGAUGAUCUAAAAGAUGAACCUGUUAAACAGCUUAAUAGAUCGAGUUUCCAUGAAAAAAUAUUUAUACCAGAUUUGAGCACAAGAAAAUUACUGCAUAGACUUGCUGCUGGUGGGAAAUAUAUCAGGGGAAAGACUGUGAAGCCUUUGGAUAAAAAGGAAAAGGAGAAUUUAUUUCAAAAUAUAAAGGAAGUCUCCUUGCCAUUAUCCAAUCUUUUGACAGAAAUAGAAUGUGAUCCUGGUUCCAUUGCAGCAUACAGAAAACUCAUUCUGUCACUUGCCUCACCAUCUCCAGUAUGCAGUUACAUUCAUCCUACAACAGAGGUACAAGACCUACUAUCUGAGAUUUUUAAAGAGAUUGAUGUUCGCAAAAACCCUAUCUUGGUUGAAAAAAUUCAUAAAUUUAUUCCCAUUAUCUUUGAUGUUUUGGAGAAUAAAUCUAUAGCUGGAAGCUUGAAACUACUAUUAAAAGAGAUGUGGAAUAUUGCUAUAGACCCCUUUGUCGACUCCAUUCCUGAUCAAGAAUCCGAGGAGGAAAUAAGAAAUGAAGAAAUGGCAUUUUUUCCGUCUCUUCCAAAAAUUCGGAACAGAGGAGUGUUUGAGCAAGAUAAGAAGAACACAAGAAACAAAAGAAAAUUGGAGACAUGUUCAAAAACAUAUCGUGGACACCCUAGUCUUCUUCCUGGGAUUUUUACCAUAUUUUGUCCACAUGGAGUGUGUUAUGGCUUCCAGGUUAUGCAAACAAAUGAGUCACCAGAUGUUCCUUUUACCAUUUUUCGAACAAGAUUCAAGACUGGCAAGUAUUUUUAA